CCUGCUGUGUUGGACAAAAUGGCGGAACGAAGGAAAAAGAAGCAGAGGGCUAAAGACGUUGACUCUGAUGGUGUUUCUAAAGAGGAGACGGCUGUUGGGAAAUAUCUGAGGUUCAAUGUGCCGACCAAGAAAACCUCCAUCAUGAGGAACAAUGUGGAGUAUUUCACAGCCUCCAAAGCUGUGGACUGUCUGUUGGACUCCAAGUGGGCAGAAGGGAAGGGGAAAACUGAAGUGCUGUUCACUCAUCGGGAGUCUGCUGUCAACUACUGCCAGAGACUUCUGGAAAAAGGGAUGUUUUACCGAGCCAAGAAGAUGGUGAAAAAGGAAGACAAGAAAAAGAAGGAGGAGAAGAAGACAGAAGAAAAGAAGGAAGGAAAGAAGGAGAAGACCAAGGAAAAGGAGAAAGAAAAGGAGGGAGAGAAAGAGAAGACCAAGGAGAAGGCUGAAGAAGAAGACACAGAAACCUCUGGAAAAAAGGAGGCAGUGGAGGAGCCUGCCAGUAGGGAGGAGGAGGGUGUAGAAGACACGCCCAGCGGAAAGAAGAAGAAGGAAGGCAAGAGGAAAAUAAAGUUGGAAUUCCACGAGGAACAACUCUUCUUGGAUGCAAAUGAGCUGUAUGUCUGGGUGUUUGACCCCAUCCACCCCAAGACUUUUGCUCUGGGCCUGGCUCUGGUUGUUGCUGCCGUUGUUGUGGUGUUGUUCCCACUGUGGCCGUACGAGGCACGACAAGGCGUGUACUAUCUCAGCCUGGCCGCAGCCUUCUUCAUCGGAUUCAUCCUGUUCUUGGCUGUCGUCCGUCUGAUCCUGUUCUGCCUGAUCUGGGCAGGAACAGGAGGACAUCACCACUUCUGGUUCCUCCCCAACCUCACCGCGGACGUCGGCUUCCUGGACUCCUUCAGACCACUCUAUCUGUACGAGUACAAGGGACCAGACAAGGACAAGGACAAGAAGGAUGACCAGAAGGACUCGGAGGAAACAGCAAAGGGAGAGAGGGAGGAAGAACACGUGGAAGAUGUGGAAAGAAAAGAAGACGACAAAGAAACAACGGAAAAGGGAGAGGAGACUCCCAAGGACCAGGACGAAUCAGGGUCUGAAAAAGACGGAAAUGACGACCUAGAAGGAGAUGAAGAUGAGGAAGGAAGUGAGGAUGAAGACGGGUCGGAAAGUGAAGACCAGGAAAUGGAAGAACAGACGGAAGAUGGGGAUGGGAAUGGGGGAGGGACUGAUACCACUAAUGGUGACAACGGGUUUGAAGUUAUAAAGAAAGAAGAGUUGGAAGUGGGGGGGCUUGGGGACAAGGGGCAGGGGGACGUCACACAAACACAGGACUGAACACACAUGAUUGGAUCACUCACAUUGUACAGUACAUACAGCUCUCAACACGUCAGCAAUACACGUGGAAUAGGAAAUAGUCAUGCUUGUCUCUCAUGUUCAUAUGUAAAGUAAGUGUACUUCAGCAUACCUAUUUAAAGUUGGCUCACACCUAGAAAGGAAGACUUCUCAAUUCCUGUGUCUGUCUGUAAAAGUGUCCAAUGUUUACUGACAGACACGUGGAAGCCGUAAUGUCUUACACAUGCAGGUAAAGGUUAUAGACUCAGAUGCUGUAUAAAACAGUAGUUGUAAUUUUGUGCCUAAAUAGCUGGUCAACAACAUAAUGUGCUGGACAGGGGUAUGUACUGCUAACAGCAAUCAAAUCAAAUUUGAACCGUAUGUCAAAGCUUUUGGCCAUGAGGCUUAAACUCAGAUGCACUGUAUUGUCAAAGACAAGUAAUUAUCAGAAACUGAUGAUAAAUUUUAAGAAAGCAUUGGUAGAAUCUAAAACUACUAGUACAGGAAUUUUCUACUGUCUCACCAUCUUUAUGGUACUCCAAUCAACAGUUGCUUAUCUUGUCAUGAUAAUUGACUUGUCUGAACCAGAACCAUUUGGCAUAUGUUGGUUUUGGACAACUCAAAAACAUAGAUAUCAUUAAGCUUGUAGUUGUCUCUCUUUCCAAAACUAACCAGUGAGUGAGUAAACCAGCAGAGCUAUUAAAACCCUAUAUGACAUGUUGCUUUCCUGUAAAAGCUUGCAUAUGUAUAUGUACAUGUAUUGUAAAGAAUGCCAUUCCUUUCAUGAGAACGUUGCCAUAGACUCAGAGUCAGAUUUGCCAUGUUCUGCUGAUAUAAUGUAUUUAUGACCUGGUAAUUAUUAUCGCUCUAGUUUUAACAAUUUGUUGAUGACAUCAUUGUUCUAUAACAUCACUAACAUAUAGUUUAGUGUUGAUAACUCAGUUAAUCACUUAAGUUAAUAAUAGCUGAUGACACAUACAACUAGCCUGGGUACCAUCUGAUUUCUACCAGGGCUCCUUACACAAAUGUACACUCGCUACCCUAAAAAUAUUUUUUUUAGUGUAGCGAGUGUAAGAAGCCCUGGUAGAAAUCGGAUGGUACCCAUACUAACAUACAACCUCAACUCACAUUACAUUAUAUUAUGUUAUGCCUGCAUUCAUAUACAUCUUUGUUCAAGCAAAAGUAUUCAUUGAUUACAGCAAUAUUAAGGAUAUGUUUAUUGUAUGAACGUUUGGAAGGAAAUGCCUUAUAGUUGCAUGAAUAGAAGUGUGGUAUAUCUUACUACUGUUCAAGGGAAACACGGAAUAUGAAACUGUUCUUUCUAAACAUUUAAGAGACUAAAGUUCUACUACAUUCCAACACAAGUGGAUAGGGGGUGGCCCUUGCAUAUUUUUUUAACAGGCCAGGUUACAAAAAGCAUUUAAUGUGUAUUGUGCAUAAGGCUAACUACAUGUACAUCAUAUUGGCAUUGUACAUUUUAUUGCUUAAAAUACAGACUAUAUAUAUGUAUAUGAAAAAAAACUUUCCCUGCUGUCUUCCAAUAGUAAACCCUAUCAAAAUGCUAAAAACUUGCCAGAAAAGAGAAGUUUCUUUGCAUACAUUGACUUCUGUUUUACUGUAUUUAAUUCUAGAGAAGUACACGAACUUUGUCUUUCAAAGUGUCAUUGUGAAAAAGUGCUGUGGGUAUGAAACAGUUGCCAGAAAGUAUGUUGUAAAAGAGGUAAGAACCUGAGAAUAAUGGUGUUCUGUUGUAUGUAGAUUGGUCAGGUGGUGUGAAUGGUUGAGAUCUGAAUGGCAACACGCUAUACUUGUAAAUACCAUUACAAUCUUCAAAGCCAAUUUCAUUUUUCUAUACCUUUCUAUAUCAAAACAGUUCUCUCUACAUUAUCUAUUGUUUUCCAUUUCCAUGUAUGAAUUUCAGGCUAUUCCAUUGGAAAGUUGUAGAGGGGUUGUCAGGAAGGUUUCUUUCCAAGCAAUUUGAGAAGGUUUUUGAAAGGCUGUUAAGAGUGUUCAGAGGUAAUUCAGGAAGAAAUGUUUCUUGGCCCCUUCUUUUUGAGAUAUUGAAAUAAUGACCCCAAGUAUUAGACUGAAUGCUGUACAUGUAAUAGAUGUAUUGCUUAAACUACGUUGGUACUACCCUUCCUAGAAUUUACUUUUAUCCCCAACCUUGCAUUCUUCUUCAUAUCUUGAUUGGUCAAAAGAGUAGUUUCAUGCUUCAGUUUACAAAAAA